UUGGAUGAAUUGGAGCCACUUAGUAGAUCUAAGUAUCAUUUACAGAUUGAUAAUGCUGGUCCUGGUCGAUCAGUUGCAGUAACCUGCUAUUGUCCUGCUGAAUACACUGGCUCACUGAUAAUGACUGUCCUUGGUAAAAUAGAGAUACUGCAAGAGAGAGGAUUGAAGGACUUUAUACUCGGCAACUGUACUGUAUGGAAUAAUACUCAGGUAGUGAAUGGGAAUACAGAGAGAGCAGACUUGUUAGCACAGAUUAAUGAUUUGAAAGCUGCUUUAAGAGACAGAGAUGAAAGGAUGAAGGCUACUGAAACAGAGUUAGCAAUAAUCAAGGAACAAUCAGAAAACAGAUUAAAAGAAUUAAAAGCAUUAAAAAUGGAUCUUGAAAAGAGUCAAUGCAUUAAUAUUAAAAAAGAAGAAGUGAUUAAUCAACUGAAGGAUGCAAUGUCAUCACUAGAAGAAAAACUUGUAGAGAAAGAAAAUAUGUUGAAUAUGAAAUAUUUGAAAGAAGCAGAAGGUAAUGCCUAAAGGCUAUCAUACAUGGGGCAACAUUGUUGCUUGAA